UCCUGCCAACCUUCCAUCUCCAUGCAUCAGCACAUCCAGGGGAUUUUACUGCCAUUAAGAGAUGGCUUUUUGCUCAAUUUGUGUGUGAGAUACACACACACACACACACACACACACACACACACGAGUGCAAAGCGAGGGUGGGUCAAAUGUAAGACUAACUGGGAAAAUGGAUGUGAAGCAAAGCAGUAAAGCUUGAGAAUGCGCAUGGGAUGCUAACAUGGACACAUGCAUGAACAUUUGGACUGGGACUUAUUACAACACACAUGGAUGCAACCAUCUGGAAAGAUCUACAGACCUUUGUUAAUUCCAGCAUGUCCCCGAUGAGACAGUAAUGAAGGUCAUCGCAUUCACGGUCUUGUUGCUGUGCCUGCUACCUGUGGUGGUGCUGUCCCGCUGGGCAUGCGUGCGGGCGUGUCCCCAGUCCUGUUCUUGCACGCAGGAGAAGAGCUGCAGUGUUCUGUGCGACCGUUCCAGUCUUGCUGAGCUCCCUAAAGAGUUCCCCUGCGAGGCGUCAGCCAUCAACCUGGACAAGAACAGCCUCAAGUUCCUGUCAGAGAGGGCGUUUGGUACCCUGCCGUCCCUCAAGUUGCUCUCUCUGGACCACAACAACAUCUCUUUCAUCACACCUGGAGCCUUCAAGGGCCUGGCCAACCUGGUGGAGCUGAAAAUGGCGCACAACGAGUACAUCAGCUACCUUCACACACGCACCUUCACCGGACUGAAGAAGCUGGUCCGCCUGGACUUGUCCGACUGCAACCUCUUCAACAUUCCAGACCGCAUCUUCAUCGAGCAGACGGCGCUCAAGGAGCUGCUCUGCUUCCAGAACAAGUUCCGCAGGAUCCCUGGCGCCAUCCGGGGCAUGGAAAACCUGACCCACAUCUACCUGGAGAGGAACAAGAUUGAGGCGGUGGCCUACAACUCACUGCUAGGCCUGGGCAGCCUUAAGUACCUGAACCUCCAAGAGAACCGCAUCAACGUCAUCCACGACCAGGCAUUCCAGGACUUGGUGCGCCUGGAGAACUUCUACCUCAAUGACAACCUGCUCUCUGACCUGCCGCGGCUGGCCUUCAAGGGCCUGAGCCACCUUAAGAUGCUCAACCUAGGAGGCAACCUGCUAACCAACGUGUCCAAAACCUGGUUCAGCGACCUGGUGGAGCUGGAGAUCCUUUACCUGGACCGGAACCAGCUGAUCUAUAUAGAGGAGGGCACCUUUGAGAACCUGACCAGCCUGAUCACUCUGCACCUGAACAGCAACAACCUCACCACGCUCCCAUUCCCGGUUUUCCAGCCCAUCUACUUCCUGGGCCGCCUCUACCUCUUCAAGAACCCGUGGGAAUGCGACUGCUCCCUGGAGUGGCUGAAGGAAUGGAUGGAGAACUACAAGCUGGUGCGGGACAUCCCCUGCUCGUUGCCGUCCUCCGUGGCUGGGCUGGAUCUGGGCGAGGUGGUCUUCGCCAAGGUGAAUGGCACCUGUGUGGACCCGGCCAAACUGAACUUGACCACCGCGUCCUCGGAGAUGGUGUCCACCACGGAGAACCUCUUCAACAGUCUCCUCUCCAAGCUGCUGCAGCAGGAGCUCCGCGAGGAGACAGGAAACGGAACGGAGGGCGCUCGCAACGGGACGCUGCCGGACCCUGAGGAUGGACAGCUGUCGGCGGGGGUGGAAGGGCAUCACGGUCAAAGAACGUGGUGUCUUGUGGCUUGGCUUAUCUUCUGGAUGAACGUGGGACUUUCUUUCACGUGAAAGCGCCGCCGCUUUUCUAGGGGAAGCAGAUUGGAGGCAUCGAUGGGGACUUUGUGUGUCAUCGUCCAUUUUAAUCACAUCCCUGGCGUACGUGUUCUUUUUGUCUUGUCAUGUAUGUUGCAAGGUUAGAAAGGUCCACGCCGUCAAACAGAUGUCCUCUCGUUUGCCCUUUUUUCCUGCCUUCUCUCUCUCUCUCUCUCUCUCUGUUAAUCUUCUUAUGGCACUGGAGGUCGUCAUUGCAGCAGCGUGCCUCCGCCUCCUAUGGAUGCACCCACCCCCGCAACCCCUCCCACUCCAUGAAGGCGGGGGUGUGGUGUGAUUGACACAUGCCAGAUUGUGCAUUUGGAUGAUUCCUGCGCUCUGACGCCCUCAGUGUGUUGCUUCAUACUUUUGCUGCGAUGUCGGGUGGUGUGGUCACCUGACUUCUUGUGACAUUUUUCUAAAUAGCAAUAAAAAGCGAAAAAACAAACAGCUUGACUGCUCAUUUUUUUUCCUCGUCUCAAUCGAGGAGUAGAACUAAUCUUUAACAAGGGAUUAUGAGGUGAGUGAGUGUCGUUUAGCGUGCAGGCUUCACUACACGUGUCGUUACAGACGUGGUCUUGAAAGACACUUCCUCUUUGGAUGCUACAGUAUAUCCCCCAUGGCGCCGUUGGUGGUGUAGUGCUUCACAUAGUUGACUUUCCCACAUGCUGGAUUUGAAAUAUAUUGAAAAAUGAUAACAAACAAAAUCCCUGACGUUAAAGCUGCAUUCUGCAAGGAUUACCUGAGAGCACAACUCACCCUGAUUGAGUGGAACCUGACAAUGUUUUGAACUCAUGUUUACCCCAACAUUUUAUGCCCUCAUAUUUUAACUUCUCAUAUCUCGAUACUUCAUUUUUGUAAAAUGUAAGCCUUUUUCCUCAUUCCCCCCCCUCGUAAUAUUGACUAUUCUCAUAAAAUUGUUAGAUUUUCUCAUAAUAAUCCAACUUUAUUUUAUAAAACAAUUUUUCUCAUUAAAUGCAGCCUUUUCAAAAACAUUUUCUUCUCAUAAAAUUGAGACUUUUGGUAAUUAUUUCCUUAUUCUUGUACAUUUGAACUGUUUUCUUGAAAAAU